AUGAUGCAAGAAGUGUUGGAUCAAGCAAUCGAGGACACGUGCCGAAACUUUCGUCUGCUAUCUCCUUACCAUAAUGAUCUCAACAAAGGAGACCAGGAAGUAAAAGUAUCAGAUCAAAAUAUGAAAGUGUUCAAUACCACAGAAGAUCUUACCGUCGACGAGGAUUGUGGAAUAACAUAUGACGGAAUGAUCUGCAAAGAGAGAGCGAAGAAGUUUCCGACGUCGUACUACCACGUGGAAGAGAUGAACAAAGGACCAGGCAAGCUGAGAUUCCUUGACUAUUUUCUUACUUUGAAAAGCAAAAAUAUCAGACAUGAAGAGAACCAAAAAAUCACUUUUAGUGGAUUACGCUCCUCGUCUGGCAAAGAUUCCAUCGCAAUAUCAACUCGAGUCGUUGACCGAAGUGUAUAUGUGCGAUUACCCCUCGAUGAACAAAUGGUAGGAUUGCUUUUAUGA